UGGUAUACUUACAGAGAACCAUUAUAACCAACUUCUGAAAACUGAUCUAAUGGCUUGCUCUCCUACUGACCUUCAUUUUGUUUUGCUUCCAUUGAUGGCACAAGGUCAUCUAAUUCCCAUGGUGGACAUGGCCCGAAUACUAUCCCAACAAGGUGCAACUGUCACUAUAAUCACAACUCCAGUUAACGCAAACCGUUUUAAACCAACCAUUGAUCGUGCAAUUGAAGCUAAGCUCAAGAUCCAAGUUCUUGAACUCCGACUCCCAUUAACUGAAGUUGGUUUGCCAGAAGGAUGCGAGAAUUUUGACUUGCUUCCAACGGCAGCCCAAGCGUUCAAUAUGUACGCAGCAAUGAGUAUGCUAGAAAAACCAGUAGAAAAUGUGCUACUGAAUUUAUGUCCACCCCCGAGUUGCAUUAUCUCAGAUGGUGGUUUUCCUUGGACAGCCAAUAUGGCAAAGAGGUUAAAUAUUCCAAGGCUUGUUUUCUAUGGACCAGGAUGCUUUACGUUUCUAUGCGUACACAUUGUCACACAUACUAAUAUAUUAAACGAAAUCAAUUCCAACUCAGAGUACUUUGUAAUACCCGGACUUCCUGAUCGGAUUGAAAUUACCAAACCCCAAGCUGCAACGUGGGGGAAAGGAGAAUCGGAAGAAUCAACAAAGAUUUUUGAACAAAUACUAGAAGCCGAGAAAGCCUCAAGUGGUAUUGUGGUUAAUAGCUUUGAUGAGUUGGAGACCAAGUACGUCAAAAUGUUUGCUAUGGCAAAAGAUAAAAGGGUAUGGUGCAUUGGCCCAGUUUCCCUAUGUAACACAAGUUUCCAAGAUAUAGCUGAGAGAGGAAACCAGGCUGCAAUCAAUGGGCAUGAUUGUCUGAAAUGGCUGGAUACACAAGAACCAGUAUCAGUAGUCUACGUUUGUUUGGGAAGUCUAUCAUAUGCUACCACAGAACAAACUAUUGAGCUUGGGCUGGGAUUAGAGUUAUCCAACAUACCAUUUAUUUGGUUCAUUAGACAGACAAGUGAUGAAUUCGAGGGCUGGCUCUUAGAAGACGGAUAUGAAGAAAGGAUAAAAGGUAGGGGCCUACUGGUACGUGGUUGGGCACCACAAAUCUUGAUUUUGUCACAUCAAUCGAUAGGGGGUUUUGUAACACAUUGCGGAUGGAACUCGAUUCUAGAAGGGGUUUCAGCUGGAAUACCAAUGAUUACAUGGCCACAGUUUGCAGACCAAUUUCUAAAUGAAAGAUUCAUCACAGACAUUUUGAAAAUUGGAGUGAAAAUCGGGAUGGAGGUUCCUGUUUUGUUCACAGAGAGAGAUAAGUGUAACGAUCUGGUGAAGAAGGAAGAUGUUCUUACAGCUGUGGAAAGUUUAAUGAACAAUGGAGAGGAAGGGGAAGGAAGAAGAAAGAGAGCAAAGGAGUUCAGCAUAAUGGCAAAGAAAGCAAUGGAGGAAGGCGGUUCUUCUCACGUCAACAUGAAGUUAAUGAUGGACUUUAUUGCUCAAGAAUUAGCCAAAAACACUAAACUGAUUCAAGAUAUUGUGUAGUCGUCGUUUGUUACUGAGUAAAUCUUGGCUACAAACUUAUAAAUAAUACUCGGUAAGUUUUUUUUGA